AUGGUGGGUAAUAUUUGUCGAGACUAUUGGCAUCAUAUCUAUAGCUUCCUGCAUUCUCAAAGCAAUCAGCAACAGCUCAUCCCUACGGUGGUUUUCCUACUGUGGCACAUUUGGAAAUCAUGGAAUGCUCUUAUUUUCAGGAAUCAAAUUCUCCAUCCCCAGCAAGUCAUAGUGUUAGCUUUAAAUCAUCUAGAGGACUUCACUUCUGCUUAUAGUGUUUCUUCCAUGGAUUCUGUUUUGGCAUCAGAACCUCAAGGUUGGAGUUCGCCACCUGAAGGUAUUUUAAAAAUUAAUUUUGAUGCUGCCUUCUCUUCUCACAACAACUCGGGGGCUAUAGCAGCUAUUUGUAGAGACCACCUAAACAAUGUUAUAGGUUGGUUGUGCAAACGCUUAAAUGUUGUUCUUAACCCUCUGGUUGUAGAAACUUUGGCAGGUAGAGAGAAGCCAUCAGUUGGGCUUAUAACAGAGGUUUUCAUUAUGUUUGGUUUGAAGGGGAUGCUCUUUUAG